AUGGAUGAAUUAAAUUCUACUUUUGCCUCUUCCUUCCAAGUGACAUUUGAGCCGAACACGACAGCUGCCCCUCAUCCUCGAUUUAACCAGUACAAAUGCCAAAAAAAGAUCCUUGAUCAGAAUGAACGGCGACGAAGAAUUCUUCUCCUGCAAAAAGAGAAACGAUUCGAUUAUCUGAGUAAUGUACGGAAAAUGACAUGUAAUGAUUGGACAGAAGACGAUGACGAAGAAGAAAUGGAGAACAAAAAUGAAGAGGAAGAAAUGGAAUGUAAAAUAUUCUUCAAGAAGCCAGGAAAAUUCUAUCGAAAUCAGCUGAUGCUUUCUGAAUGGUUGGUUGAAGUUCCUGCAGAUCUUGAAGAAGAAUGGCUACUUGUCGUCUGCCCAGUUGGGAAACGUUGUCUUGUCGUUAGUUCUCGAGGGGUGACAUCUGUGUACACCAAAAAUGGUUACAUGUUACACCGGUUUCCGACAAUGCUUCCUGGAGGCAACAGAAGUUUUGGAGGAUGUAAUCAAGAGGCGACCAUUUUUGACUGCAUCUACAACGAACUUGAAAACGUGUAUUACAUUCUUGAUAUUAUGAGUUGGAAUGGCUAUCCAUUGUACGAUACCCAUCCAAAUUUUAAGUCCAAAUUUAUUGCCUUACCAAAUUUCACCUGUACAAAAGAAAUUAUCACCGACGCUCUUGCAUCUGCAAAUUUUUCAGUUGAUGGGGUGUUGUUUUAUCAUAAAAGAACUCACUACACAUUUGGUACGACUCCCCUUGUCGUCUGGUUGAAGCCUUACAUGUUGCCCGAGCUUCUUGACAUUCCAGUCCCAGAUUCAAUGUUGGCCAAUAUGCCGGUGUCGUAUUCCACAUACUCGGAGCACUUGGCCCUUGUUCAGAAAGAUCGGAAUAAUUUUUAUCUUGAUAAACAGGAAACUGAAAAUUUGCUGGAGAUGGGACCCCCUGCCAAACAAAAACGUAAUCGAGGCAAGAAGAAAAAGAAGAAAAAGUCAUCUGGCGCUCAGUCUUCAUCCAUGGACAUUGUAGCCGAUGCUACUGCAAAUGAACAGCCUGCCUCUGUGGAGAUGCACCAAUUUGUUGCUUCAACUUGA